UGCACGCUGCACAGCGCAGCAGAUCGCGAGCUAAUCCAACACUCUCGGCAGGGGUGCGGGAAGCAAAGAAUUUUGGAGGCGUAGCACCCAAAGACACAGAGAGAGAGAGAGGGAAAGGAGAAGCAGGGACCAACAACGAGUGCACACAUUCGCCAACAGGACGAACACACCAAGGAGAGAGAGCAGCAGCAAACAGCAGUGGCUAGCAUAUCAUGGCAGACUUCGGCGAGCUCGACCCCUCCCUCAAGAACCUCGUAGACCAGGAGAGCUUGCAAUGGAUAUUCGUCGGGGGUAAGGGGGGCGUGGGAAAAACUACCACGUCCUGUUGUGUGGCGGCUCAGAUGUCGAAAGCGCGAGAAAGCGUGCUCAUCAUCUCCACGGACCCGGCUCACAACCUUAGUGAUGCUUUCGGGCAAAAGUUCACCAAGGACCCAACCCUGGUGAACGGCUUUGACAACCUCUACUGCAUGGAGGUGGAGCCCACGGUAGAUAUGGACGAGCUGGCGGUGACGGACGGGAUGAGCCAGGACGCUGCGGACGGCAUCAAGGGCAUGUUUUCAGACAUGUCGAACUCCAUCCCGGGCGUCGACGAGGCCAUGUCGUUCGCCGAGCUCAUGAAGAUGGUGCAGAACAUGAACUUCAGCUGCAUCGUCUUCGACACGGCGCCCACGGGACACACCCUCCGGUUGCUCUCCUUCCCGACCAUCAUGGACAAGGCGCUGUCGAAGCUGAUGGACCUGAAGAACAAGUUCUCCGGCCUCUUCUCGCAGUUCGGGAACAUGUUCGGAGCGGGCGGGGCGACGGAGGACGACAUGUUCGGGAAGCUGCUGCAGCUGAAGGAGAUCAUCAACAAGGUGAACGACCAGUUCAAGGACCCGGACAAGACUACCUUCGUGUGCGUCUGCAUCCCCGAGUUCCUGUCCCUCUACGAGACCGAGAGGCUGGUGCAGGAGCUCACCAAGUUCGAGAUCGACACCCACAACAUCGUCGUGAACCAGGUUCUCUUCCCGACAAAAGACAUCGGAGACCUGCAGAAGUGGUACAGCACGGAGGAGGGGACUCUCAGCACCGAGGCGAAGAGCAUCAUCUGCAAGACGUUGGCGCGUAAACGCAUGCAGGACAAGUACAUUGGACAGAUCUACGACUUGUACGAGGACUUCCACGUAGUGCUGAUGCCGUUGUUGGACCACGAGGUAAGGGGAGUACCACACCUGAACGCGUUCUCGGAGCUCCUCAUGAAGCCGGAAGACCGAGAAAUUUCGGUCUUGACAAUCGAGGGCGCAGCAGAGCUGGAAGCAUGAUGGCGGCGAAGAAGACGAGGGUUUAGGAUACGACAUAUUCCGAAGCUCGUUUGCGCCCUGUACUUGUGCGUCUCUGUCGGCACGAUCAUUUCGCGCGAGGCCCGCUGGUUUGCGUUGUAGCUCGCAUUUUUUGUUGUCUCUUGGUUGGAUCCGGGUGUGGGGAAGUCGCCGAUUUGCUGUUGCUGCUGCCCACAGCAGCAUUUUGGAGCUGUCUUGACCCCUGCCCAGCACAUCCACGAAGGCAUCUCCACUCCUACUCAAUAGGAAGAGAUCCGAGUCUUGCUGUUUGGCGUUGGUGUUGGCGUGGGAAUCGUGUGCACCGCCGGUGGUUUUCUCUUGCUGUUGGUUUUCCUUCGGGAUCGCUUGUUGCAGCACCAGCGGGCGACCGCGCGGAGAACGGGGCUGAAUUUCGUACCAUCUGUACAAUGUACAACAGAACGGGUGGUACUGUACUGCUGUAGGACGGAUAGGGGAAGGGUCGGAGGUAUUAGGCUCGUUUGUUGCCCGCCGACAGCCUUGGGACUCUCAACAUGAUUUGUCCGUCGACUGAUGUCGGAAGGGGGCACCGUGUGGUUGUGGGAUACAUAUGCUACUCUCUUGGCGUGGGAGGUGAGCGCUGCGCUUGCGAUUCCGCACGCGGUUGACGGCGGUCUCGUAGCCGUCCCCGCGCGCAUGUGGCGCCGCUGGUGAACCGACUUGCCCAUUCUUGUUUUUUCAAGAACCGGGGGGGGGGGGGCGUGUAAAAGGUUAAGCUCCAUCAAUUGUGCAUGCUAAACCCGCAUCCACCAGAGGUCCACGCUAUUUUUGUUUUGAAAACAUGAAACAGGGAAGCAUCAUGGCGAGAGACGCGCAAGGGCAGUGCGCGUCUUCACUGCACAACCUCUUGCCUUGGAAC